GCCGCCGAACGCCCACGAGAGCACAGUGGCGUUUUGCCUCGGUUCAUCGUCAUCUUCUUCCUCCCUGCGCUCCCUUGGCUUUCUCCUCCCCGUGAGCUCUCCACUGUGUCUCCCUCGUCGCCUGCCUCCGACUUCAUGCGAGUGGGCACGCGUCCGUGGCGCCGGCCACGCGUCCGUGGCCACGCCAGCUCGACUUCCUAGCCCCGCGACUAUAUAAGGCCACCCCGAGACCCCGCCAAGCUCACCAGCCUCCUCUACUCCCUCCUAGCUACCUCCCUGACCAGUCACCCGAGCUCCAGAGCCCCUCAUUCCUCCUCCAUGGCCACCAUAUCUGCCUCGGAUUCGGCCUAAAUUGGCUCAAGCCCGACCUUCUCACUCCACUCUACCACCACCAGAGGAUUCCCCGUAGUCCAGCGCCCCUCCCCCACCCCUCAGUUCGGCACCGGAGUGCUCGUAGCCGCGAGUUCCCUAGUCCAGCCACCGCCAUGGGUUUCCUGCCACCACGCGGUGCCGCGGACACACCCCUCCUUGGCGCCUGCUUCUGCUCCAGGCGGGAGCAUCUCGUCUUCCCGAUCUCGCCGGUGUGCUGGGCCUCGCCGGAGACGUCCAUGGUCGCUGGAACGGGCGCCGACAGCCAUGGUCGUCCUCUGCCUUCACGGGCGAGCGAGAGGUAGGAGAAGGAGACGAGGCCAGGCGGGCCCCCUCCUUUCCCCGACCUCACCUGGCAGCCACUUCGGCGCUGACCCCGCCCUAUCCACAUGGAUAAGUGGCGGGCCCCGCCUGCCCUGUUUGAAAAUAUUUCCAUUACAGAUAGGUCCCUGGCAGAAAACACUUCAUAUCUUUUCAACCACGACUCCAAAUGAGCCCCUCCGAGAGAGAACGUUUUUCGGCGAUUCUUUCCGCGAGCUUCUCGCAUUUCUUCUCGGUGAUUUCUUCCACCCCAGAUUGCAGGUGAUGCCAUGAUUGCUUGUCGAUGGUUGUCGUGCGUGCGAGCUAGAUCGUGUCCCAGCCAGAGUCCCUGUGGAGUGGAGUUCACCACCUUCGUCGUUGUUCCACUGCUAGAAGUAUUCCGCUGCUACGAGUUGUUCUGCUACUAGCAUAGAGCAAGUAUAGUAUCGCAGGCGUAGUGUCGUCGUGCUGAUGUGCCUCUUUGUAACAUCAGACCAUUGUAUUAUUAUUCUUGUUAUAAGAUUUGAUUUGUUCUAUUUCAA